AUGGCGGAGGGGAAGGUCGCGGAGGGGACGAGAGAGGGGGAGGAGAGGGGCGGCGCGGAGGCGGACGAGGAGGUGGAGGUGAAGUUCCGCCUCUUCGACGGCUCCGACAUCGGCCCCGUCCGCUGCAACGCCGUCGCCACCACCGUCGCCGCCCUCAAGGACCGCGUCGUCGCCGACUGGCCCAAAGAUAAAACAAUUGUCCCAAAGACUGCUAAUGAUGUCAAACUGAUAAGUGGAGGAAAAAUUCUAGAAAACGACAAGAACAUUGCGCAGUGCAGAGCACCUUUUGGUGAUCUUCCAAGCACUGCUAUCACAAUGCACGUUGUUGUGCAGCCAUCAUCAGCCAAAUCAAAACCUGACAAGAAGACCAACAAGUUGCCUAAGACCACUCGCUGCUCAUGUACCAUACUAUGAAGGUUCAAAGUCAACUCCGUUGACAAUAAUUUGUAUGUCGGGGAAAAUUACGCAGAGAGACGACUGGAGAGGAGAUUGAAGAAAAUCUGGUGUCAGAGAAGGGAGACCCAUGUGUUGUGAGAUUGUAUUGUAAUUGUAAGCUAGAUACUACAGAGAGUUCGUCCCUCUGCGGCUAGGGAAAAUAGUUGUCGUUCGGUUGCUUGUCUGUUUUACCCAACAAAAUGUUUCUAUAUGAUGUACAAUAUACACAUACAUGAUGUUUCUGGAGGAAGAAGUUGGUUGUUUUUCCGUGUCAA